AAGUGCACCGGAGCCGCUCAUUAGCGUCUGUUGCGAGCGAAGCUGAUCUGCCUCCUCCACCGCCAUCCCCAUCGUCUCCAAACGUCUUUGCGACCGGCCAUGUAGUUAUGCGCAAGCAACGCCUCAGGGACCCAGCGAGAGCGGAGGCAGAGAAGUGCCACGAGGCGAUGUUCGCAAACGUCCUGAAGGGCCUCGGCACGGUAAAACUAAACAAAGUCGAAAAAUCCGCAAGUGGUACCCCUUUGCGCAAGAGUCGGGAAUCGGACUUGUCCACUGUCACGGAACCGGCUGGAACGCUUGCUGAGGUGCUCAAGAAGCGCUUUGUGUUCAUUCACCCUACAGACAGCUCGGACGACUCGGCCACAGAGCCAUGGAGUCCCUCCACGCCUCAGGCAAAUGAAAAGACGUGGCUCUCCACUCUCAAGGAGAUGUCCAGUGACGUGACCAAGCUCUCGCCAAAGCAAGGAGGCGUGUGAAACCAAGAGCUUUCAGGUGUCUAGUUGACAGAUUCAGCUGCAUCCUUGGCUAUUGUUUCUAUUUAAAAUUUUAAUACUUUACAUCUUACAUUUUAUACUUUAUAUUUUAAAUG